AAUUUUGAUCGAAUAAUUAAAAUUUCUUCAUCAACAGAGAAUGAAAAAAAUCCUAUUGAAAGUGUCACCUUCAAAAAUGAAUCUUGUAAUGAAUGAAUCCAAACUUAAUCAGACCAUAAUACAGAUAUCUAGCAUCGAGUGGAAAAUAACAAAAUAUAUAAAAUUAUUCCUACAUAGGGAGUUAGGUACCACCAAUAUUUUAAAAAGUGAAUAACAUCUACUAUAAAUUAGCUACAAUUCUACAUGAAGUAGUCAUCAUUCAAUCAAGGCAAUUAUUAUAUAUCAUACGUAAUUUGUAUCUUGUAGGUGCAGGAAGCUGCUAUCGAGCUAGCUUCAUUUCUUCAAGAUUUUCAUCAACCAGCAAGCGGAAGCUACUCUUGAGAAUGGAAACAGUUGCAAGGUCCAAUAAUCUCAAGUACGAGUGCCUAUUGUUUGAUAUGGAUGACACAUUGUAUCCUCUUAGCUCAGGUGUCAACCUAGCUUGUCGCAAAAAUAUAGAAGAAUAUAUGUUGCAUCACCUAAAUAUUGAAGAAAGUGAAGUGCCAAAAAUGUGCUUGGAUUUAUACAGAGAAUAUGGCACAACUAUGGCAGGCUUGAAGGAGCUAGGGUACGAAUUUGACAACGAUAAGUUUCAUGAAUAUGUGCAUGGAAGAUUACCAUAUGAGGUGCUAAAACCUGAUCCACUACUAAGGAACCUCCUACUUUCCAUGCUACAACGCAAAAUUAUAUUUACAAAUGGUGAUAAAGCACAUGCAAUUAGAGUUCUGAGCAAGUUGGGAUUGGGUGAUUGUUUUGAAGGUAUUAUAUGCUUUGAAACUUUGAAUCCUUCUUUAGAGGAUAAUGCUACUAUUUUAUGCAAGCCUUCUCUCAAAGCAAUGGAGGCUGCUAUUCAGAUUGCAAAUCUUGAUCCAAACAGAACUAUUUUUUUCGACGAUAGCGCUCGAAACAUAGCAAGUGGUAAACAAGCUGGACUCCACACAGUGGUUGUGGGGAGUUCAACUUUGGUGGGAGGGGCAGAUCAUGCCUUGAGGAGCAUACACAACAUAAGAGAAGCCCUUCCUCACAUAUGGGAAGAAGAAGGAGAUUUAAAACAACAAAUUAUUCAAUCAAAUGCUGCUGAAUUAACUAUAGUACAAGCAUAAUAACACCUAUACUCAAUGUGCAUCAAGACUUUAAUUUAAUGAAUUUCAAUAAAAAAAAUUCUACUUGAAAUGAAUAAGUCAUUAGAUAAUAUAUCCAAUAAUGUAUAUGUGUUACAUUUAUUAAAAAAUAUAAAAAAAAAGAAUUACUUUAAUCUAUAAA